AUGUUUAAAGCAGUGUUACUAUGCUACUGGAUUCUUCAGAUGGUUCAGAUCGUUCUCGCCUCUGUUCCCAGCAGAAUAAUAGAGCAUGCACAGGAUUCCAGCUCAGUGCAGGAUGUGGUCCCCCACACUGACCUCGCUGUUUUGGGCAGGAUCAAGACCCUACUGUCUGCCUCAGGUUCACUGGCCAGAUCUGCACUCAACAAAGCAAUGGACAUGGUUAAGGAGGAUGAUAUAUCAAACAAAAUCAUGCUGGAUCCUGAGGCAAUAUCCAGUGCUGUGGAGAAGGACAGAGCAGAACGUUCACCCAGGAGGUGUGUCCGGCAAUUGGAGUCCUGUUUUGGUCAUGCACUACCUUGCUGUGAUCCAUGUGCUAUUUGCUACUGCAGGUUUUUCAACGCAAUUUGUUACUGCAGAACAAUUGGUAACAGCUGUCACCAGGGCAAGAUUUAG